GGACCAGAGGAGGUUGCUAGAGACGGCCUUGCAUAGACGCAGACAUACUCAACCUGCGCGCUGAGCCGAGACACGCAGCAGAGGAGUCACUUGUGUUCCUCUGACUCUUGAGCUCUUCUGGGACGUCACACACCGCCCACAGCCUGCUCACGGGGAGAGGAGGUACCAUGGUUAGGUGACCCGUGGCUUCAGGGAGGUACGAAGAACCGCCCCACACCACCACCACCACUACACCACCACCACCACCAUCACCGCCAUGCUUCCUAACGUGGGAUACAUCACUGGCAGACUGAGAGACGCGAGAAAUGUGACGGGGAGGAUUAGAGAGGCUGGCAGGAUUCGUAUCAGACGCGUGGAAGAAGUAUCAGAAACGCUGAGAGAGCCUGGUAUCAUUACAGGCUAUAGACACGAGAAUUGUUCAGUACUGCAAGCCAUAGCGUCUCUGUUUAACGCCACCAAUGAAACGGUUAACUUUUGGACACAUUUCCUAGCUGCUGUUUACUUUGCCUGGCUCGCUGUCUCCCUCUCGUCCAUCCUGCCGCUGUUUGGAGAUGUGUACUUGCAUCCCCUGACGUGUUACCUGGUGGCCGCGUGCUGUUAUCCCCUCACUAGCUGCCUCGCACAUGCAUUCUCCUGUCUCUCCAUCACAGCCACACAUAUCUGCUUUUUCGUGGACUACUUGGCGAUCUCCAUGUACAGUUGGGCCGUGGCGUAUCUCUAUUUCAGCUACUGCUUCCCCCCUCACCUCAGAGACACGUGGUUUGCUGCUAUCUUCCUCCCAGUCGCCGCUGCUAACUCCGUGCUGGCCACCCUCUGCGCCAGCCACUCCCGCUUCAUACGUAACCUUCUGCUGCAGAAGGCGCUGAGGGUGGCUGCCUUCGUGGUGCCUUACGUGUGGGACUCAAUACCCCUGCUGGUGUGGCUGCGGUCAUGCGAGGAGGCGUCGUGUGAGGAGUCGCGUCUGUAUCACCUGAGUCAGUUCGCGUGUGUGGUCGUGGCUUCAUUCUUCUACGGAUCACACUUCCCUGAGCGCCUCGCCCCGGGCCGCUUCGACUACCUGGGCCAUUCUCACAACAUGCUGCACGUCUUUAGCAUCCUUGCCACCAAUGAGCAGCUCCGCGCCGUACUGCUGGAUCUACGUCGCCGCCGUCAGGAGCUGCACACCGCGGCCUGGCUCCCCUCGCCUGCCUGGGCCACGCGCGCCACCCCGCUACUCCUCCUCGCUAACUUUGCUAUUGUUUUCGUCUUCACGUACCGACUUUCACGCCCUCACGGUAACCAGGGCUCUGUAGCUAACCACGCCCCCACGCAGCCUCAAAUUACCACCCACACGCCCACCCAGCAGCUUCUAGUGAAUACUCACACGCCUACACAGCCGCAAGUAAACACCAACACGCCCUACACUCCCCUGUUGUCACCCACACGCCCUCUCACGCCCACAUAAGUCAUGUCAAAGUCCAGUAGGUUAAUCCAUGGACAGGCUAUCUCUCUGUCUCCACCUCGCGUUCCUCCCGUGUGUGUGUGUGUGUGUGUGUGUGUGUGUGUGUGUGUGUGUGUGUGUGUUCUUCACUACAUGUCGAUAAAAACAAGGAAAAAGAUGAUGAAGGAAGAUAAAUAACAGAAAAUGAUGAAUAAUAAGAAAAAAAAGUGAAAUAGAAGAAAAAUUAGUAUAAAAAGGAAAUUCGAGAAAAAAAAGAAAAAAAAAUGGUAACGAAAGAAUGAUUGUAGUGUGAAUGUUUUUGUUGAUGAAGGAAGAUAAAUAAGAGAAAAUGACAAAGAAUCAGAAAAAGAAAAUGAAAGAAGAAAAAUGAAGAGAAAAAAAAAAAGAUGAUAACGAAAGAAUGAUUGUAGUCUGAAUGUUAUUGUUGCUGUUGUUGUUAUUGUCGUUUCCGUACAAGUAUUGCUGCCUAACUCUAGCGGUGCCUUAUUGUGUGUGUUAAGCGUGGCGUGGCUGUGUGGCGAGUGGCUGCAGCUUCACACCGGCUGGCUUCAGUUCGAAUCCCAGCCAGGUGAGGAAAUUUGAUAGGAAAUGAAGAAAUAAUAGUGAAAAUGUAUUAAAAAGGUGAAAAAAGGAUUAUGAUUGGAAAUAUAUAAAAUGACAGAGAAAAUAGAAAAGAGGAAUUUGAAGGUAAAGAAAGAUAGGUUUGCAAAUUUGAUAGUAAAUGAAGAAGUACCAAUGAAAAAUUUAUUAAAAAGGUGAAGAAAAAGGAUUAUGAAUGGAAAUAUAAAAAAUGACUUAGAAAAAUAGAAAAAAAAGGAAUAAUUUGUACGUAAAGAAAAAAAUAGGUUUGCAAAUUUGGUAGUAAAUGAAGAAGUACCAGUGAAAAUGUAUUAAAAAGGUAAAAAAACAAAAAGGAUUAUGAAUGGAAAUAUAUAAAAUGGCUCAGAGAAAUAAAAAAAAAUAAAAAGAAUAAUUUGAACGUAAAGAAAAAAUUGGUUUGCAAAUUUGAUAGUAAAUGAAGAAGUGCUAGUGAAAAUUUGUUUAAAGGUGAAAAAAAGAGGAGAUGAAUUGAAAUAUAUAAAAAGAAUGACAAAUAUAGGAAAUAAAUAAUUUGAACGUAAAAGUAAAGAAAGAUAGUAAAUGAAGAAAACUAUAAAGGUAAAAGAAAAAUUAAUGUGAAUAUAUAAGAUGACAGAAAAAUUGAGAAAAGAAGAAUUUGAAGGUAAAGGAAAGAAAGAUCAAGAAGGAAAUAGAGAUGAUUAGAAAAAUAGUCAGUGAAAAGAAGGAACUGGUUUGAAAAGGGAGAAAAAAACUUGACUUUUUUUUAUUUGAAGAUGAAAAAAAAAGUGGAGACCUUGAAUAAAAGAAAAAAAGAAAUGUUUUGUUUUUACUAACGAAGAAAAAAAAUCGUAAAAAGUAUAACGUUUUUUUCUACUAAUGAAGGAAAAAAAGAGUCGAUAGAUAAAAAAAAAUAUCAGUAUUAUUAUCAUUUGUUAAGAAAAACAUAAGAAACAAGGAAAUAUUAUUGGUUGUUGUAUUUCCAAAGGUUCCUGUCUGUGUGUCUGUUUGUGUGUCUCAGUCUGUCUGUGCGUCUGUCUCUCUGUCUAUGUGUCUGUCUAUGCGUCUGUUUGUGUGUCUCUGUGUCUGUGUGUCUGUGUGUCUGGGAUUCGAACUCUGAAUAGAAUAGACAAACUUUUCUUUUAUCUCUUUAUUUUUCUUUCUUUCUGCUGCUGCUGCUAUUUCUGUUCUUUCUUUGUGUUCCUGUCUAUGUAUGUCUGUCUAUGUGUCUCUUAAUAUGUGCACGUGUAUGUAUGUAUGUAUGUAUGUAAAUGUGUGUGUGUGUGUGUGUGUGUGUGUGUGUGUGUGUGUGUGUGUGUGUGUGUGUGUGUGUGUGCGCAUGUAUGUUUAAAAUCUAUACACUGCCCUUUUUAUAACAUACAUGUGUGUGUGUGUGUGUGUGUGUGUGUGUGUGUGUGUGUGUGUGUGUGUGUGUGUGUUUGAGACCAAAUAAGCAAACAUACUCCAAUGUUUGGCUGGACAUAAGCAAAUUAUUAUUAUUAUUAUUAUUAUUAUUAUUAUUAUUAUUAUUAUUAUUAUUAUUACUAUUACUAUUAUCACUAUUAUUACUAUUACUUGGCAAACAUAGCCUAUAUACAGCUAUACAUGAUGGUAACUUGUAUACAUAUAUUUUUGUACCUAUAGACUAGCCAGUGUGUGUGUGUGUGUGUGUGUGUGUGUGUGUGUGUGUGUGUGUGUGUGUGUGUGUGUGAGUCAAGUAAACACAUAUUAUUACAGUCAUUUAGUCUGAAAUUAGUAAUAAUAUUUCUUCUUUGCCUUCUUUUCCUGCUCCUCCUCUUCCGCUCUCUCUCUCUCUCUCUCUCUCUCUCUCUCUCUCUCUCUCUCUCUCUCUCUCUCUCUCUCUCUCUCUCUCUCUCUCAACACUUCAAACAUUCCUUUAGAUUAAAAAAAAAGUGAACUGACAUUACAUCUAAAAAUAAAACGUGAUAUAUUUCAUCUCUUCUUAAUUCAUCUCACUUUUUUUUAGCGGUGCGUGGAUGGUUAGCAAGAAAACAAUGACAACAAUGACAAUAACAAAAGCUACAUUGAAGAAAAAAGAGAGGGUGGUUUUUUUUUCAAUAAGGUUUGUAAAAAGUCUCAAAAAUGUGUCAAAAAUAUUACUAUAAGAUUUUUAAGGAUGUUUUUUUCUUAAAGGACGUGUUUUCACUGCUACCUAAGAAAGAGUUUUUAUUUAUUUACUUAUUUACUUAUUACUUUUACUCUAAAGGCCAGGGGGAGUGAGUGAGAUUCGUGUGUAAGCUUAAUUCUGGUAUUUAUUCGGUAUUUUAUUGAUAAGGGAUAGAAUUAAUGACAGGAAUGAUGAUCAGGACAGGAAUUGAUAAAUAUGAUUUUGUUUGUGAUAACUGAUGUAAUAAUCUUUAAUGUAAUCUGGCUGUAAUAUUUAGUGAUGGUUCCUUUUACCUUUAGCUUUCUCUUUUUUACCUUUUUAUUUCAAUAUACUGUGUUUGUUAUUAAUUAUAUAUGUUACAAUAAGACAGGUACACAAAUUAUGUAAGUUACACAGAUUAUAUAUGUUAUAAUAAGUUAAUAAAUUUAUAUACAUUGCACAAAUUAUAUACGUUAUAAUAAGAGUUACACAAAUUAUAUGCGUUACAAAAAGACAGUUACACAAAUUAUAUAGGUUGAAAUAAGACAAUUACACAAAUGACAUACAUUAAGUUAAAGUUUUAUAAUUUUCUAUGAUAUAUUUACUUUAUUUCAUUUAUUUAGUUUAGAACCAGAGAAUAUAAUUAUAAAAAAAGAGUAUUAUAUGUAUGUGCAUAGUGAAGAAGGUGAAUUUUUAGUUCUGUUGUGUGUCUGAAACUUGACUUUAAUUUUGGGUCGGGAGGGAAACAAAUACUAAAAAGGGUUUGAUUCCGUGAAGGUCCAAACGAAAGAGUUCCAAUCCUGUUACGCAAUCGCAUUAUGUUUUGAAUCCUCUCCCUGCUGUCUGUGUUUGCUGGACUCUUUGGGGACUGGAUUCUUUAUUUACUCUCUCUCUCUCUCUCUCUCUCUCUCUCUCUCUCUCUCUCUCUCUCUCUCUCUCUCUCUCUUAAAGCUGACGCGACUUAGAAUUCUUAGCUUUAUUUCUUAUUUUUGUGCCACUUAAAUGUUUCUUCACUUUUUACAACAACAACAACAACAAUAAUAAUAAUAAUAAUAAUAAUAAUAAUAAUAAUAAUGAUAAUAAUAAUAACUGAAAUGUUUUUGUCAGCUUUAGAAUUGAAAACACUAAUCUGUUUUAUCAACUUCUCUCCUCUCACUGCCUUCAGCCUCUUUCUGACCGCCGCCAUGUUGCAUCUUUGACCAUCUUCUACCGAUAUUUUCACGCUAACUGCUCCUCUCAUCUAGCUAUCUACAUGUCAACACUCCUCCCCCCACCCUCCCACCACAACAAUUUCUCUCUCUCUCUCUCUCUCUCUCUCUCUCUCUCUCUCUCUCUCUCUCUCUCUCUCUCUCUCUCUCUCUCUCUCUCCUAUUGCGUCUAUCUAAUGCCAAGAGUCAACCAGUGGAACUCCCUCCCUCGCAGCUUCUGUACUUCCAUCUUCCUAUGACUUCAACUCUUCCAAGGGGGAGGUUUCAACACACUUAUCCUAGCUGUCAUUUUUCACUACCACACUGUUCGGGGACUGGCACCGUUGUGGGCAUUUUUUUAGUUUUGUUGUUGUAGAUUUUAUUAUUAUCAUUAUUAUUAUUAUUAUUAUUGUUAUCAUGUUAUUUAUUUUCUUUAUUUUUGCUUAUAUUUUCGUUUUUCCAGUUACCAUUACAAGAAAGAUGCCGAAUAAUAAUGAUAAUAACGAUGAAGUUUCAGAUAUCAUAAAGGAAAGGAAUGAUAACAUGAAUCCGUAAUUGUAGUUUGAUAAGUAGUAGUAGUAGUAGCAGUAGUAGUUGUAGUACGUUUUGUAACCUUUGCAUAUGCAGAAGUUAUUAUACUGUAUAUCUUGUGAACGAAGAAAUGAUAAAUAUACAUAUAUGAUUAAAACCAU